AUGGAUAGGAAAGGAAACAUGCUGCGCGCCACUUCAGCUGGGUACCGUUUACCGGACCGACCCAAUGGUCCUCUCACCUCUCAGUCCUCGGUCUCAGUGUUCAGGCGCUCAGCGGGCAGCACACGAAACACCGGCGAGACACCGGCGCAAGACGAUGAUACCCGAGAUCCGGUAAAACAGGACCAGGUUUGGAGAGAGUUUGUGCGCGCGGAGCGAACCGGUGUGAAAGAAUGGGAGAAGAACUGGAGUUUCCUGAUGAACUUUGACCAGCUGGGCCAUCCGCGUACAGAAACUCCUCUCCCUAGCUCUGUGUCUUUAUACUCAGACAGAGUCCCAAACACCAGGAACCAAAUGUUCGGCAGCGGCCUGUACACUGAGCUGGGCAAAGAGCUGAUUCGCCUGGACAAUCUGCUAACCCUGACAGCGAACCACCGCAAGACCAAAAGGAAUCCAGAGAUGCAACCCUGCUGAGGUUUACCAGGCAAAGGAUCUGUUCAAAACACUGUAUUAGCAGAGAUUUGUUGCCUUCUUU